UGGAAAAUGAGAGGUUUGGACUUAGAUGGCCUCUGAGGUUCUUUUCGUUUACAGAGAUUUAUGGUCCCCUUUGAUAUAUAAUCUUCAUAACUUGUGUGUGUUUGUGAGAAAUAAACAUAGGUUUAAGCCUUCUAUUUACUUCUCUUCCUAUUGUAGCCAAGGCAUGAAUAUUUUAAACUUCCCAUGCAUUUUAAGACCUGUGCCUUGAAUAAAAGUUGAACUUGCCUUCUUAUGUAUCAUAAUUGCUAUUUUUCCUUUAAAUCUCUGUAGGUAGCAUAUUUUCCUUUUUAAUUCCAUUCUCUAUCAAAAAAAAUGUUAUUUUGUAUAUUAUUUCAGACACUCGUCCUAGAAUGGAGAAGGAAUGAUCCAAGAAUUUAAUGGGAUGUUCACCCUUUCUUACUCCCUCAGUCAAAUCAUUUUCUCCUCUGUGUAGGAGUAGAAAUUGUUUAUUACAAAGGAAUGUUUUCCAGAAGAUCGUGUGUACUGGCAUUUUAGAGAGUAAAUGAUGUGGGUGUGAAAUAGAGGACCUUUUCUGAUCAAUUUGGUCUCUGCUAUUGCUCUAAGUUGCUCUUUUUUUAUUUCUUGAGGAGAAGAUCCACAGCUGAUUUCAAGGGCUCCCAGAAAACAUCUCUGAGUUGGUUGCAACAUGACAAGUGAGGUUGUGGAGGAUGAGAGCCAAUUCUACUUGAAGGCAGAGAAGUACUGGAAAGAUGUCCCUCCCACAGUGGACGGCAUGCUUGGAGGGUAUGGCCAUAUCUCCAACAUCGACAUCAACAGCUCCAAGAAGUUCCUGCAGAGGUUUUUGAGGGAUGGUCCAAAUAGAACAGGGACUAACUGUGCUUUGGACUGUGGAGCUGGCAUUGGUCGAAUCACCAAAAGGCUGCUCUUGCCUCUCUUCAAAGUGGUAGAUAUGGUUGAUGUCACAGAGGAUUUCCUGAUUAAGGCCAAAACCUACCUGGGAGAGGAGGGCAGGAGGGUGAGGAACUAUUUUUGUUGUGGUCUACAAGACUUCAGUCCAGAGCCAAACUCCUAUGAUGUUAUUUGGAUCCAAUGGGUUAUAGGUCACCUUACUGAUCAGCACCUUGCUGAAUUCCUAAGAAGGUGCAAAGUGGGCUUGAGGCCCAAUGGCAUCAUUGUCAUCAAGGACAACAUGGCCCAGGAGGGUGUGAUCAUGGAUGAUGUGGAUAGCAGUGUGUGCCGGGAUCAGGAGGUGGUCCGCAGGAUUGUUCGCCAUGCAGGUCUUAAUCUCCUGGCUGAGGAGAGACAAGAAAACUUCCCUGAUGAGAUUUAUCAAGUCUACAGCUUUGCCAUGAGAUGAGACCCAGUUUGGCAUGAGAGAUACAAGAAGAAGGGACCAGUGUGGGGUUGGGGGGGGAUAGGGGGGUGGCACGGGGUGGAGCCAACUGACAGCUGUUGGGUCAAACAGUGUUGUGUUAUGGUUCAGGAGUAUAGAAAACAGUCCUGUGAAGGCUGCUAAAUACACCUGUAUGUUUGCUGUCAGUUUACUCUGUAUAGAUUCUGUAUUUAAAAGAAAACCCAGACACGGGAGGUAAAAUGCUGCUGGACAGGAUAGAAGGCGAGUUGUGGGGAGCAGGGGUUUCGAAGCAGAGUGCCAGCCAACAAUUUUUUGUGAGCAAAAUAGGGAGAGUAGGCUUGGAUCAUAACCAUCUCCUAAAUUUUUCCCCCUCUUUCCUUAUGCCUAUAUGGGCACCUGUUAUUUUUCUUCCAGUAACAUGUGAUGAUGGGUCUGGGAAAACACUUGAUACAUUGAUCCAACAAGAUGACUUUAUUUUAUUUUUUUUUUUUAAACCAAAGGUCUGGCUGCCUUAACAGGAAAUAAGAUCUUUGACUUUGCUUCUGUGGACAUUGAAGAGGAAUCCAUUGUUAUUUACUUACUGGGAAGCAAAAUGUUCUCAUUCUUUUAGGAGUAAAGGCAAAUACUUUCACAGCCCUGGUUAAGCCAAGCCUCACUUUGGUAACAUGGAUCUAAUAACAUGGAUCAGGAUGUUCUAUGUUGUGGGACUGUUCGAUGUUUCAUUAUUUUGUGUGCUUGUCUCCCUCUUUAAUGAAUGUAACAAUUAGGAAAAGGGUUAAAACCCCAACAGUUGCUCUCAGAUUAAGAGCAGAGAAUUUGCUUAUGGUUUUACUACUCAUUGUGCCUUGCUUUUUGAAUGUGGUUCUUCUGUGGCAAGCUGUUAAGUGUCAUUUUCAGUCCGAAAUAAAAGAUAAAUUCAUUCAGUGUUAAAAA